AUGGAGGAUUCCUGUGCUCUCGAGGAGUCCUGUUGGACUCCUUUGCCGCCAGGAGAUCCGUUGCUGUGUGAGGCGCUGCAGCUGCUACUGCACUUCGUCUACUCCCCAGAUGCAACAGCAGCAACAGCUACAGCAGCUGUCUCAGCACCAGCACCAGAAGCAGCUGCUGCUGCCUCGCCUGCAGGAGAGAAGCUGUUUUGUAGCUCUCUGACGCCCAGGGUCCCUUCACCGCAGGUGACUGAGUCGCUGAACUCGCUGUUCAAAAAUGCAGCAACAGCAGCAGCAGCAGCAGCAGAAGCUGCAGGCCCCCUUGGGGUGGCAAACAGCAACCAAAGAUUUGACAGCCAGUGGGUGCAAAGCCUUUGGAAAGUUCACUUCAGGCAGCACCUCGACCCCAGGUGCCGCGCCCUUGCAUCGAGAUCUGCUGCUGCAACGAGUGGAAUCGAUGGCGACUUGCAAGUCAUGCAGCACCUCGAAAGCCUGCAGCUGUUUGCUGCCUGCCUAAUGCAGGCAGCAGAGAACCUUGCGAAGGCUCGGACAGCAGCCAAGGCAGCACCAGCAACGGAGCCUUCAGCAGCAGCAGCGGCAGCAGAAGAAACAACCACAACUACAGCAACUGCAGGAAGGCAGAGCCGCCCGUCACCUGCAGCAGAAGAGGAGCGCGCUAAGCUGCUUUUAUUGCCCCCUCAUGCUGCCGCAGUUGCUGCGGUGUACGCGCAGCUGUGUUGUCUUUGGCUUAAUCAGCUAAUGCACCAGGAGCAACAGCUGCUGAUGGAUCAUCGCCAGGCCAGCGGAAUAGAGGGGAAACUUCAGCGUAUCUUACGGAUGGUGCAGCGGGUCCUUCUUCUUCUUUCUCCCCUCACUGUGUACUCACCAGACGGCAGCUGCAACAGCAGCAGCAGCAGCAGCAGCAACAGCAGCAGCAGAAGCAGCAGCGCAGCAGUUGCCACCUGUUCCUCAGCACUGCUCUGUACUUGCUGGAGUGUGGCCGCUAAGCAGCAGAUGCAGGAGCCUUCAGAGCAGCAGCAGCAGCAGCAGCAGCGAGACACUCCUGGUGCAACUGUGGCCUUAUGCUUUGCCCGCCGUUUCCUACGGGGCCUCUUCCCUGCUGCAACUUUGACAUGUGUCACUGAAAAUGCAACAGCAGCAGCAGCAACAGCAGCAGCAGCAACAGCAGCAGCAGCAGCAGCAGCAGCAGCAGCAGCAGCAGCGCAAGGCACGAGUAAACGAGACAACGCCGCACUUCUGAGGCAGUUUGCGGCGUUUACUUUAACAGAGGCCCCCCGCGACGCGCUUUUGCAGUCCAUUAGGCAGCAGGCACAGCAGCAGCAGCAGCAGCAGCUGUUGCUGCUGCUGGAGCAUCAAGAUGUAUCUCUACUGGAGGGGCCACUGCAGCUUUGCGUCUCCACUUUGUUGCAGUCGCAAGGGGACAACCCGACAGCAGCAGCAGCAGCAGCAACAGCAACAGCAGCAGCAGCAGCAGCGGAAGGCCUUAGUUGGGGCAUUUCCACUCUCGGGCCUCAUUUAUGGAGGCUCCCAUGCGUGCAGCAUUUGCUUUUUGGCUCCUCUGUGCAACAGGAGCCAGCGCAGCAGCAGAAGCAGCAGCAACAGCAGCAGCAGCAAGAAUCGCUCGGAAAGCAACAGGAAGGAGAGCAAGGGGGGCAGCACCGGCUAUUCUGGCGGUUGCUGGAUCUGCUGCAGCAUCAGCAGUAUGUAGCGGCUUCGAUCCCUGUGGCGUCGUUGUUUGUGCAGCUGCUGCUAGACAGCCACUUCUGGAGACGGGGGGCCCCUGAAGUUUUGGGGGCCCCUGAGGGGUCACCGCACUGCUGCCGGGGGCUGCUGAUUUGCCUUGUGCUCGAGCUGCUGACUGAACAGGGGGAAAGGCAAAGGAAGGCUGCGUUGCAGCUGUUGCAGUGUUUACAAACAACUCCAGCUGCAGCAACUGCAGCUGCUGCAGCAGCUGCUGCAGCGGAGCGGCUGUGGAAGGUCUUUGACCGCAUCAAGCCACUCGCCAAGACAGCUCUGCUGCGCUCCUUGCUGCUGCAGCAGCACGAGCUGGCAGCCAAAGGGAGCAGGGGUGCCUUGAGGCAGCAGCAGCAGGCAAAUGACAGGCCGAAUACUUGCUGCUGUGCAUACACGUCGCCGGAGGGGCAGCUGCAGCAGCUGCAGCUGCAGCUGCGCUGCAUUCGUGCCGUGACAGAGGCAGAAGUGGAACUGGAUGAGGACUGCAAGUUGCUGCUGCUGCAGCUGUGGCUACAACAGGCUCCCCAAGCCCAGCUGAUGCAGCUACUGCAGCAGCAACAACAACUUGAUUUCGUUGCAGACGAAGCUCUACGCGGCUGGCAGCACCACCGACGGACUGUACACACUGCUGCUCGUUCCCUUUGGGCAUUGAUGCAGCAGCGCUGCUCUGAAGGGGUCGCUGCAGCAGCAGGAUCAACCAGCAGCAGCAGCAGCAGCAACAGCAGCAACAGCAGCCUGGAUUUGUUGGUUACCCUUUGCAAGCGGCUAUUCUGUUUACCUAUAUCCUGCAGGAAGACUUUGUAUCAGGCCCUCGCUUCUCUGGUGCAUGCAUUGGGAGCUUCUCGUGUGCUGCAGCUGCAGCCCUAUCUGCUGCACCACCUGCUGUCACAGCUGCAGAACAGGUCUCUGCGUUCGGCUGCUAUGCUGGCUCUGCGUGCCCUGUGUGAAGACCUCAGCAAGCAAGACAGACAGCAGCAGCAGCAGCAGCAGCGACGGCAGCAGCAACAACAGCAGCAGAAGCAAAAGGGAAAAGGAAGCACCCAGACGGCCCACCGCGAACGCAUACAGCAGCUCUGUCUUUUCCCCUCGACGAGCCUUCGGACCUUCUUGCUGGGCCCCCUACAACACGCUUUGACGGCAAGCAGCAGCAGCAACUGCUGCAGUGAAACAGGCCUGCUACAGCAGCAGCAACACCAAGAGGAACAGCAGCAGCAAGGGCCUCGGGAGUACGCGCUGUUGGUGCCCGUUCAGCUGCCAGCAACAGCAGAUGCCUCUCCUGGUGAGGCCCUAGACGAGACGAUGCUACCGUUCCUGCUGCGGCUGGAGCCUUCUGCAGCAGCCCCGUUGCUGCUGUGUCUCCGUGAGCAGCUACCGCUGGAGGCGAUCGAAGCCACAGCAGCAAGAACAGCAACAACGGCAACAGCAGCGGGAGCACCACUGUCAGAGGCAGCGACAGUAGCAACAACGACAGCAGCAGCAGCAGCAGCAGCAGCAGCAGCAACCGAUGAGCGCCUGGAUAGCGUUGCAGUGGGUUGCGCUCUGUCUUCUCUUGGGGGCCCUGGGAGGCCCUGGAGCCCCAGUGAGGCGGCGCUGCUGGCAGCAGCGAGAGCUGCGGGGCUCGCGGCAUGGGAGGACACAGUGGAGCUUCAGGAGCGGCUGCAUCGCCGCUGUCUUCUCUCCUGCUACCCGGGGGCGCCUCCAGACAGGGUGUUGGUUUGCUUAUCAUUGUUGCGGUCCCUACACUCUCUGUGGGGCCUGGGGGCGCUACCCCAGCAGCAUAGAAAGAAGUCGACGGCGGUGCAGGCUGCUGCUGCUGUGAGCACUACUUGCGGCAGCAACAGCAGCAGCAAGCAGCAGUGGGAUCCGGAGGCAGCAGCAACAACAACCGGCUGUGCUGUUGCUGCUGCUUUGGGCUGGGAUGCGCCAGCAGUGCGGCAGCAGCUGCUGGCGAUGCUGCCGGUGGUUACCGGUCCCGCGCCGCGCUGCCUUUUAUUGGAUUUGCUGCAGCUGCUGCCACACAGCGAAAAUCCGCUCGCUGCCACCAUUCAGGAACAGCCGCAGCAGCAGGUGCAGAAGCAGAAGCAGCAGCAGCAGCAGCAGCAACAACAGCAACAGAUGCAGCUGCUGCUGCAGCAGCUGUUCACGGAGCCAGCGGAAGCGGCUGCAGCUGCUGCAGCUGCUGCAGCUGCUGCAGCAGCAGGCAGUGAUAGCCAGAAACCUGCAGACUCUGCAGCUUCUGCUGCUUCUGCUUGUUCUGGGGCUGCUCACUCCGGACCACCCGUAUUUGUUCUGCAGCAGCAAACUGUUUUCUGUGCUGCACUGGACGAGGCCCUUCAGCUGCUGCUGCCGUCAUCCUUGCAAGCUACUGCAGGAGCGGAAGCUGUAGCUCCGCCGCUGCCGAGCCGCGAAAACAGCAACAGCAGCCCAAGUAGCAGCAGCAGGAACAGCAGCAGCAGCUGCUGCACGGGCCAUGCUUGCGGGGAGCUGCUGCGGGUAUUGCGUAUACUGACAGCAGCAGCAGAAGUUCGUCUUGCUGCAGUGCAGCGGAGCCCCUUAGCGCUGGCUGAGCCGCAGAUGGGGCUGCACGGAAUCCUUGGGGUUCUGGAGGUUUGUCUCACCACAAUUAAACCCAGCCUGCUGCAGGGCGCAUGCAGCAACAGCAGCAAGCCAGGCAGUUGCAGCUGCAGAGAGGCAGUGCGAGCCUGGAGGGACUGGCAGCAGAGGCUGCUGCGACUGCUACUGAGCAUUUGCCGUUGCCUUACUUCUUUUGUUGCUGCUGGAGACGAAGAAGAUACACCCCAGCUGCCCCCGACAGACACAGACGCAGACGCAGCAACAACAGCAACGGCAGCAGGCGAAGCAGCAACGAAAGCAACAGACAUGAAAGGACGUCAAGGGCCACUGGAGGGGACGGCCAACAGCCAGGCACCGGCUGCAGCAGCUGCUGCCCGGUCUGCCAGCAGCAGCAGCAGCAGCAGCAGCCACGAGCCGCAGCGCCAACAGCCACAGCUGCAACGGCAGCACUUCGACCAGCAGCAGCAGCGGGGGCAACAGGAGCAGCAGUCACAGCAGCAACAGAAGCAGCAGGCUAUUCAGGUGGACUGUCGGGGCCAUUUGGUAGUUUGCCGAGAGCGGCACAGUACGGGGGAUCUGGAAGCGAAGGAGAUGCAACAAGAACAAAAACAGCAACAGCAGCAGCAGCAGCAGCAGCAGCAGCAGCAAUCGUUUUUGCUGCUGAGAGCUGAAGAGGUGGCUGCACUGGGAUCGGACCUCAUCGACUUUCUGUUGGCGUGCAGACAUAUGGGCGCCCUGGAAUUUCUACACGACGCCCUGGCUUCUCUGUGCUUCAAAAUAAGCAAUUCCAAGGGGCCUGCGCUGCAGUGCCUAACUCGCCAGUGGGCAGACGCAGUGUUGUUGCUGCUGUUACCUAGUGCUGCAGCAACUAGAACAGAAGCCCAGCAAGAACAGCAGCAAUCCUUGCACACAGGUGUGCAGCAGCAGCAGCAGCAGCAGCAGCGACGACAGCAGCAGAAAGCAGCAGCUCUUCUAGCUGCUCUUGGGAUGCCUCUUCGACUCCGCCGAGGCGCCACCGGCCCCCCGCCCCCCCUCCGCUUCUAG